AUGCUGAGCAGCUUGAAUCUUGCUAACAAAGAAGACGAGUUGACGUGUCGGUUACGCAACGACAACGUGCUCAAGCACUUGGCCAGCUGUUCGUUUAUCCUGUCGCAUCGGCCGCAAUUUACGAUUUCCCUGGAUUUGCACAUCGGAAUCCCUAUGCAAGUUGUGGUCAAAGAAUUCUGCCCGCUUCAGUCAGCGCUGGAAGUGCGACAUGCGUUCCAAACUGUCUUGAGCGCAAAUGGCACAAGGUCGUAUGGAAGACAAUGGUACUGGAAUCCGCCUAUCAUCAUGCUCCUUGGUUGGGGCAAGUCGUACGGGAAGAGCGUUCGCGUGCAAAAAAAUAUCUGCGACAUAUUUGACCAACUGCUGGAUGAUCCAGAGAAGUACAGAAAAUGGACGACUGAAUACUUCGAGGACCCGGAAGAAGACUUUCAGACAACCAUCCUUGGCUUCCUUGGAGCUUACUACAGAAAGGACAUUAAAGAACACGCGAUCCUCAAGACCGCGCUGAAACUGCUGUGGUUCGAGUAUCUCCUCCUGAAUAAAUUCAUCAUACCUCCCGAAGCCGUGGGCCAUCUUGAGGCUAAUCUUGAAGCCACGCGACCUGUUGGAGCUCAUAAAGAUAUCUACGUGAUCCCAGAGACCAUCAACCGUUUCUUGAAGGCUAUCAUCCUACCCAUGGCCGAGAAGGCCGCGGAGCAGCUGACCAAGGGCCUCCAUGACUUGCUGUUCAAGAUGGCUGUGAGCCAGAAAGUGUCGACAGCGAACGCAGACCUGGCGCUCUGCAUGCUCUUCAGCUUGAUGAUCUUCCUUGGACGAACUCAGAAUGCGCUGCGCCUUCUCACGCAGACCCCUGCCGCAGAGCUUGGUGAGAUCUACACCGCUGCAGAUGUCGAGGCCAAGAUUCGCGACAUGGAAGACAAGGUCAGCGACUACUUUGUAGACUUUCACAAGUACACCUUGAACAGAAAGUCAUCCAAGUCAACCAUGAACUCGACCGAUGCCAAGUCACCCUUCGAGAAGCAUGCGUUGGAGUUCCAGCUAAUAGAACGGCUGCGCAAGGAGAUAGAAGAGGAAUAUGAGCGCGAACGGCCUGCUAGUCUGAAGGUUAGUGGGUUUCACGUUGAUACGUUUCGAUACAUGAAUGUGCGUCGAUUAUGUUGGAUGGUGUUCAAGAGCGUCGAGGAUUCGAGUUAG